AUUUAAUAAGAUGUGCUGUGUUUUUAUAAUGAAUGGAAAUCGAACAUCGAUACAAUAAUUUUUAUUCGUUGCAUUUUGAUCAAAUUCUUAGCAAGUCCUCCGAUAUCAUAAAUACAUAUCUCCUUUUAUAUCUCGACAGGAAGUGAGAGUAAAUUAAUCGAAUAUGAAAAAAUAUUAUCGCAACAGAAUCGAUAAGGAUUGAUUGUACAACGCUAUUAUUGUAGCAACACGUAAUAUGAUAAAUUGCAAAAUGAUUUUACCUCGAAAUAGGGAUCUAAUGUAAUAUGCUGUUUGUUAAUGUGUUAAGUAAUUAUGUUCAAACGUGAAAUUGAAAGAAACGUGACAUUGACCGAGAGAUGAAAAAGCGGUGGACACAUACUUAUAAAUUUUGCGUCGUGAAAUAUCGAAUAUUGCAUUUGCGCAUCGAUACUCAUUUACAAGUGCUUUCUUCUUCGCAAUUAAAGAUCGAUCGAAACAACGCAUCGUUACGUUGCUUCUGACGCCCGAAAUUUCGAUGUUUGCUUGAUAAUUUAGCACAUUCGUUUAUUCCAAAUAAUUAUACACUUUUCAUACAUUCAAAUCGUAACGGAAAACUGGCUGCUAAGAGAUCCGAAACGAAUUUUUCUAACAACCCCGAAUCCGAUAAUCGAAUUUUAGCGGCGGACUGAAAGACAUUCGGUUCUUCGGAGGGAACAAAGAAAAAAGGCUCAGGGGAUCGAACGAAUUCCUCUUCCAUUCAGUUUCGUCUCUUAACAGCAUCCAACCUAUUUUCUACCUAUGAUCUUUUGCUUUUCGCUUCAACAAGUUAUGUAUUCUGUGUCGUGUUACUCGAAGAACAGCAUUCGUUAGUGACGAGAAUUGGAACAGCCAUUGCCCAUAAGCGGAGUUAAUACGAGACCUUGCCAAUUUAUCCUUGUAACCGAAACAUGUGCCAGCUACGUUCUUGAAUCACGUAUUGUUCAAGAAUCAUCUUCGUGUCACUCGCGCAGGGUAGUCGCGUAAAUGUGUCAACGAACAAAGAAUUUUUCUCCAAUUGUACGAUGGGGAAGUGCUUUCCAUCGAUCCAGGAAUCUAACGUGGUAAAUCGAUAACUUUGAUUAAAGCUUGAUCAGCUGGAACAACAUCCUAUCUUCAAGAAUAAGAACGAGCUAUAGGAACAAGCGAAUGCAGAGAGCGACGGAACGGGAGAAUGCACGACUGGCAUCUUUGGACAUGGGAUAGAUGAUAGAUCGCGAAUGAUGGGGUGGUAGAGCGAACAGGAAGCUGAAAAUGGAUUGGGUGCCUCGGCUCAGGUAGCCAGAGUCGACAAAGUCGCGGGCACCAGGCCGAUUAUACACUGCUGCUACCAAGCCUUUUCCUUCUGUCUGUCUCUCCCAUUCUCGUUAAGAUCGAGCGGAAGACUUCUCACGAUAGACUAAAUAGUUGCAUCUUCUCGGCGCCGCGUUGUGCGAAAAAACUGAUCGUGGUGCAAUCGUCGUCAGUGAAUUGUUAGUGAAACAGAUGACCCGAUAAGUUGAUUUCAAAAAGAAACAAGCUUGUGAUCUCUGAUCCAACGGUAUACAUAUUCUGACUCAACAAAAGACUGAACGUGUUGACUUUAUCUUUUCAAAAAUCGCUGCCUAUAGCGUCCUUUGGAGUUCUGGCUGUCACUUAUCAAGACAGGCACACAUAUCUUUUGGCAUCUCGUGUAAUUUCGUUUUGAACCAGUUGUACCUACGAUCUUUGAGAAACUUUUGAGAAAUAUGAAAACCAAGUGUUAGAUGCCCCGUUUCUGACCGUUAUACAUAUUGCAAAUAUAUACACGCGUGUAAAGAAGAAUAUAUAUUAUACACAUGUAUCUGUAUAUACAUUAGAGAUAUUCUUCCGCUGCCUAAUAGAAGCAUUCACGCAUAUAGUAAACAAGUUACCAUUUUUUGAAAGAUCGCGCGAAACUAUCUUAUAAUAAAAGGGAUAAAUACAAUUUCCACGAACUAGAGACAAGUUUGACUAUAGGAAGAGAGAAUAAAUGAGCUUUAAGAAGAAACCAUUGUUCGUCGUCUGUUUCCCCUAAUGAAACUUGUAGUGAGAAUAUUGUUAACGAUGUGCAACGAAAACUAAAGAAAGUAGAUCGCAUAUUCGAAAAUCAGUCAGAAGUGUAGUUUGAAGUGAUCGCUACGGGGGUACGCAAGAGAGCAGGAUGGGUUGUGGACAAAGCAAGAUCGGGAACAUCUAUCCGAAAAACAAAAAGAACAAGAGCACCAUCAGCAAGAAAAACGACGAUUCCAUUGGUUCUGCAUCCGUGGAACAGAAGAAUGGAAACGGCAGUGCGAAGAACAACAAGACGAAUAAUAACGGGGUCGAGGUGAACAGAAACGAGGAACAAAAUGGCGAGCUUAAGAGUCAAGCGAAGAAGAAGUCGAACGGACCUGGAAGUGGUCCUUUGCUACAACAAGCGGAGAUAUCCACCAGUCAGCUCGACUUCUUCAGGAUGCUCGAUGAGAAAAUCGAAAAUGGACCGGAUUAUGACGAAAGUCUUGACGCGACCACCAGGGCCGAACGAGUUUCCAAUCUCCUCCGUCAGUGGGAAUUAGCCAGCGUGAGCUGGUCAAGCGUGUCCGAUUUGAAUAACGCGUCCCCAACCGCGACGAGGAAUCGUAACUCGGGAUUGGAUUCAUCGCGGCAGAGUUUGAGCGCGAAGGACAGAGAGGGAAUAAGGAACAUUGUCGGCGGUAGACCGGAGAGCGCUCCUAUCUACAUGAGGAACGCGAAUCGAGUGGAUGGUCUCCAGGAGAUUCAUUGCCCAUCGCCGAAUAUGCCGAGACACGUGUUGGAGUCGAUCACUCAAAGCCCGACUCAGAGUUUGAAGAACGCGACGUCGCCCAGUUCCUCUCCGACCAGCGUCCGCUAUCAUGACAGUUACAAGGAGUGCAGUGCAAACCAAACGACCGCGAAGACCGUGAAGGUUCAUUACGGUGCUCAGAACCCCGUGAACGGGGAAUAUGUGACGCAACAGGCGCUCUAUCGUGAACAGUAUUUGCAACAGGCUGGAAUAAUCACAGUACCGUCUCAAUAUUCAGCCGGCUCGCCCGGCGGCAACGUCCUCAGAAACAAUCCGUACGUGCCACAGUAUCAAAUCACCAGCCCGCAACACUUUACUACGCCGAGAAAACGUGGCUUCAACGCCGCCCAAAUGACGUGACCGGCCUGACCGUGCACCACCAGAUAAGACUGACACACGUAACACACAUCUACACAUCCUCUGCGAUUUGAAACAGAAACAGAGAGAGUGAGUGAGAAAAUAGUCGAGAAGGAUUCGGCGAAGAUCGCUUUUCGGGUUCUUCGUUGAAACAAGUUGAUUCACGUAAAGCGGAAGAGGAGAGAGAGAGGGCCCAUUAAGGCUGGAGACUGACCAACAGAUGGAGAGAAUAAUCACGGAUCUUUCUCUAUAUGUUCCUAAAGAUUCCGUACAUUUUUUCGUUUUGCGUUCGACGGCUAUCGAAAAUGCUACCAUCCGACACAAAACUCACAAGGGCGCCGAGAUACUUUCAGUGUUGGCCUAAAGCAAUGUCCUGCGAUAUAUCCGAAGAAAUAAACCGUCUUACCCCUGCGUGUUAUCCUUAUCAAAUUUACAGAAUUCUUCGCUCUAAGUGCCAAAAUGCUACUACGUAAUAAACAAUCCAAAUGUCAAGAAAAUAGAAAGAGAAAAUUGAACGAAGGAGAGAAUAUUAUCCGUUGAACCAAUACUCCGUUCUUUGUAAUUCAUGUAAAUGAACCUUUUUCGAUGUGUAUAUGAUAUAUACAUACAUACAUAUAUAUAUAUACACAUACAUACAUACCUACAUAUAUAUAUACAUAUAUAUACAU